CCCUUCUUCCUAGGGGUUCAAUCCUCACUACUCGGCGCCGGUGUCUCCUCCCUCCUUCCUCCCCCCAAAACCCUACCUCCGGUGCCGCCGGUCCUUUCUCCUCAAAAGUCAGGCGAAAAUUUCGCGCGGGCGAUCGGUGAAAGGAUGGCGGCGACAGAGGGGGAGACGAGCCGGCUGUUCCGCGUCCGGCGCACGGUGAUGCAGAUGCUGCGGGACCGUGGGUACCUGGUGGUGGACGCCGACGUCGACCUCACCAUGGGCGAGUUCGUCGGGCGGUACGGUGACCCCGUGCGCCGCGAUGACCUCGUCAUCAACCGCGCCAAGAAGGACAAUCCCGACGAACAGAUCUACAUCUUCUUCCCGAACGAGCCCAAGCCCGGCGUGAAGACGGUCAAGAGCUAUGCCGAGAAGAUGAAGCAGGAGAAUGUCUACAAUGGCAUACUCGUCGUGCAGCAGGCACUGACCGCCUUUUCCCGCAACUUGCUGCUUGGGUUAUCGCAGGAGAAAUUGCAGCUCGAGGUCUUCCAGGAAGGGGAGCUUCUUAUAAACAUUAAGAAUCAUGAUCUGGUUCCAGAGCACGUGCUCCUCACAAAGGAGCAGAAGAAGACGCUGUUGGAGAAAUACACCGUGAAAGAAACUCAGCUCCCUCGGAUUCAAAUCUCGGAUCCAAUAGCAAGAUACUAUGGCAUGAGGCGUGGACAGGUCGUGAAGAUCACCAGGCCCAGCGAGACUGCUGGGAAAUAUGUGACGUAUCGCUAUGUUGUCUGAACUCGAGAGCAUAUCUGGUGCACUGGACCAUGGUUGCACAUCGAAAAAUGUUUGAAUAAUUCCCAAAAAAAAUUUAGUGCACUGACACAACGUCAUUGGAUGUUGUCACAAAAUUUCAUAUCAAAAUUCGAAACAUUGCAUGGGAUACAAAAAUGACAAAUUUGACAUCAGUGUGAUGAUGGAUCAAAUCUAAAACCCAACUUAUAUUAGGUUCACAUUGAUGCCAAAUUUAUCAUUUUUGCAUCUGGUGCAAUGUUGUGAAUUUUGAUUUGAAAUUUUGUGACAAACAUCGAAUGAUGUUGUGUCAAUGCACUAUUUUUUUUGGAAUUUUUCAAACAUUUUUCGAUGUGCAACCAUGGUCCGGUGCACCGAUAGAACCAAUUGCCCUGGUGUACCAGAUGCGCCCUCGUCUGAGCUCCACUACAUUCUCAAGGGUCGAGAUGUUCUGCAAGAACUGCUAGUUAAAAUGCUAGCCUCCUCAGUAGUAGACGCUUGUUUUCUCGAGGAACAGAAGUUACUUUCUGAACCGCCUUCGUGCUUUGUCUUUACAUCUGCUUGUCAAUUUGACAUGACUCUGUUAGCUAGCAUCUAGACAUAGAUUUCGGUAGUUCUGUUCUUUUUCGGCCUGCUAAAUAACUCUUUGCUACCCGAAAUAGUCGGUCUGUCUGAGAGUUCACUUUAGUGCUCCUGUAUUUAGCUGAAUAUAAAUGGUAUGACCAUUUAAUCCGUUACAGUUGUUUGUCUGACGAGCAAAGUAAAGCUUCCAGCAUGAGGUAAACCUUA